UGAACCUGCAAAAAAGGAUUAGUGGUGAGAGCAAGAGAAGUUCUCGUCAGAUUGGAUUGUGAUGAAGAAGGUCAUCUCAGUGAGCAGCAGAAGAGAAAACGACAUGACAGAGCCCAGAAGUAAAGGUUGUGCUGCUGCCCCUCCCCCACUCCACCCACCCCAACAUGUAGGUGCUGCACCGAGAGGAGUUGGAAAGGCAGCACACAGUCUCGCAACAGUGGGUAGCCCCGGAAGAAGAGGGCAGCGCAACAGAGCUCAUGAGGCUUGUGUUCCGAACUCCAUCACUUGCUCCGCCCUUUCUGCCACUAAACAACGCGACAUGGCAGAUUCCUAAUCAUCCUUCUCCCCCCACAGGAAACACCCAUCAUUGUCCUCCAAGCAUCCCUUUCAGCGGAGGGGAGCCGCGCAUUUAAGCCAUGCCAUCGCCGCCUCCUCCCAUCUCACUCACUCCGUCCUCCAGCACCAUGAGGCCCUGCUCCAACUCCGUCACCAACUUCUUCUCCUUCCUCUCCGGUGGCCUCGAUGAGCUCGACCGAUGCUUCGCGUCGAAUGCCUUCAUGUCGCUCCAGUCCUUGCAGCGCGCCGUCGCCCUCCUUCGGUCCCUUCACUCCCGACUCAUCGGCCUGGUGCAGAAGCUCCACUUGCCCGCCGGUGAGAGGUGGCUGGACGAGUACAUGGAUGAAAGCUCCCGCCUUUGGGACGUUUGCCAUGUGAUCAAGCUCGGCAUCUCGGGCAUGGAGAACUACAACUCCCGCGGAGCAGACAUGGUCGCCUCCCUCGAAGAGUGGCGCCGGAAUCCCACUCCUCGCCUCGCCCUGCAGGUGAUGCGAGCGAUCUCUGUUUGCCGGAGGGAAGCCAUGAGAUUGGACGAGGAGAACAGGGUGUUGGUGGAGACCAAAAUCGAACCAGCUUCACUUCGGUUCGACGACGAGAGAGCGUUCACGGAAUCCAGGCUCCACGGAUUCAAUGGCUUCAGAGGAGUUCUUUACGCGCUGAGGAACGUGAGCUCGCUCCUCUUGCUGAUCCUGCUGUGGGGAUCGGUCCACUGUUGUCCAGAACAAGGUGUCUCCGAAGAAUCGACAUUCUUGAGCUCGGGGUACGCUGUUUCAGUGGGCAGGCUGCGACGGAGGCUGGUCGGGGAGGUGGAAGAACUCGGCGGCCGACCCGGGAUUCUCAUGCACGAGUUCCGGGCGGCGAGGGCGGCGGCCGAGGAACUGAGAGAAGAGAUGGAGAAGGCGGGGACGGAGGGAGGCGACACAGGGGCCACGGCAGGGAAGCUGAAGGAGAAGGUGGAGGGAUUGAAGGGGUGGCUGGGGACGCUGAGAUCUGGAACUGAGAAUCUUGUGGCGCAGCUGGAUGACUUGUUUGAUGAAAUUGUGGAGGGCAGGAAGGAGCUAUUGGACAUCUGCAGCCACCAGUGAGCUGAAGGUAGGCAGAAGCAGCAACAAGAAGAGGUCAGAGGAAGGAGAAUUCCGGUGAUCAGCUUCUUCUUCUUCUUCUUCUUCGUCUUCUUCUUCUUCUAGCUUUGUUUGUUUGUAGCAGCUAUUGUUCCAUUAGUAUACAAACAAUACCAUUACCAGUCUUCUUCCAUGCAAACAGAAGCAGGAUCACAGUAAAAACAACUCGAGAGACACCAUGGUGAGUGAGAGAGUUUGAUUGUGUGCAUCAUGUUAUAGCAACGAAGGGAUCUUUUCUUCUUA